GCCGGCCGGGGCAGGAAUGCGCGGAGGGCGGGCGGCGCAGAAGGCGAGCGGCGGAACAUGUAAGGGCACAUCCCGCGAGCUGCCGCUCUGCGCUCAGACAGAGCCCACGGGAGCUACAGAACAGGCGCGCUGCGGGCCUCAGGGGCUAGGGAGAGGCGGAGGCUCCCGGCAGAGGCGGGUCGGGCGGAGGAGCCAGUGCCAGCUGAAGCGGGGCUGUGGGCGCGGCGUGCGCGGGGGACGCCGACAUCACCUCCCCGGCAGCGGGGUGCUGAGGGCCGCGGUGCGGGCGCGCGGGGCAGUCAGGGGGCAGGUGAGCACCGCGCACGGCCAGCCAGCCCCAGGCGCCAGAAUCCGACGCUGCGGGGCCGAGAAGGGCCCCGCGACCGCCGCAGCCUGCAGCUGUCCGUGAACCUCGGGGCGCCCAUGACGGCGGCGGCGACGGCCACGGUGCUCAAGGAGGGCGUGUUGGAGAAGCGCAGCGGCGGGCUGCUGCAGCUGUGGAAGCGGAAGCGCUGCGUGCUCACCGAGCGUGGGCUGCAGCUCUUCGAGGCCAAGGGCACGGGCGGCCGGCCCAAGGAGCUCAGCUUCGCCCGCAUCAAGGCCGUGGAGUGCGUGGAGAGCACCGGGCGCCACAUCUACUUCACGCUGGUGACGGAAGGCGGCGGCGAGAUCGACUUCCGCUGCCCCCUGGAAGACCCCGGCUGGAACGCCCAGAUCACCCUAGGCCUGGUCAAGUUCAAGAACCAGCAGGCCAUCCAGACAGUGCGGGCCCGGCAGAGCCUCGGGACUGGGACCCUUGUGUCCUAAACCACCGGACGCACCAUCUUACCUUCAUGCUACUCACCACCUCGGUGCUGAGGUCAUGGCAGCUUCGUUGUUUCCUCUGCUUGUGGGGGCACGACUCUGCUCCAUGCGGCGAGGUGGAAGGCAUGGACGUGUGGAGGAGGCACUGGAGCUGAAGGAAUGGACAGGCCCUGGGAGGAGGGCAGAAGCCUAUGCAGGGCUGAGGAUGAAGAGUCAGCCCCUGGAUGCUCCCAGCCUCUCAGGACAUGCCUAGCUCAGGGGCUUUGAGCCACAGGCCUGGCCUCAUAUGGCAUGAGGGGGAGCUGGCAUCGGACCCCCUCCCUGCUGUGGUCCUGCCCUCUGUCCUGCAGACUGCUCUUAGCCCCCUGCCUCUGUGCCAGGCCUGGAGGAGGGCAGUCCCCCAUGGGGUGCUGAGCCAAUGCCUCAGGAAUCAGGAGGACAGGCUGGUACCCACGCUCACUUUAGAAUGGCCUCUGGACUCACCUUGAGAAGGGGGAGCUGCUGGGCCUAAAGCCCACUCCUGGGGGUCUCCUGCUGCUUAGGUCCUUUUGGGACCCCCACCCAUCCAGGCCCUCUCUUUGCACACUUCUUCCUGCACCUCUACCCAUCUUCCCCCCACUGCGGUGUUAGGCCUGGAGGUGGUGGGGGUGAGGUGGGGGUUUGGCCACUACCAUUUCAUGCCUUUCCCUAAAUGAAGAUGCCCUGCAAAGGGCAGUAACCCCAAA